AGUUUACAGCACCAGCCUUCGGCACUGACAGCACCGCCCUCUCUCUCGUCACUCCUUCAUUUUUCUCUUUUUAUUUCUCAGUCAUCAUCCAUCAUCACACUCCGCUCCCUCCUACGCGUCAUGCCGGCCAAGAAGAUCACGCACGCCACGGUGAAGCGCUCUGUCAACGCGAGUAAGGUUGUGUUGACGGAGUCGCUGCUGGCCACGGAUGCGGAGCGGCAUGCGACGUCCAAGUCCCUCUACGGGGACUCCGCCGCGCGCAUCUCGAGCAACAUCUACGCCAUCCACGACCACCAACGCCUGCGCGCUUACGAAAUCAUCUUCCGCAACGUGAAGGGCAAGACGGUGCUGCACCUGGGCUGUGGCAUGGGGCUGUACACGAUGUUAGCUGCACGUGGGAUGGCGAAGAUGGUGAUCGGCGUCGACAGCUCCGCCAUCGUCGACGCGGCGAGGGAGGUGGCGGCGCAGAACGGGCUGAAGAAUGUGCAGUUUAUUCGGGGCCGUCUCUGCGAGGUGCUACACCAGCUGCCGGCGGGCAUGAAGUUUGACUACGUCAUGUGUGAAUGGAUGGGGCCGCUGCUGCUGAAUGAGCGCGUGCUGACGGACGCGCUUUACGCGCGGGACCACCUGCUGGCGCCGAACGGGGCUCUGUGCCCGAACCGCGCCUCCCUGCACGUCGUCGCGGUGUCCGACUACGCGUUUCGCCUCGACACGGAGGACUUCUGGAGCAACGUGUACGGCUUCACGAUGGCGCCGAUGAAGGAGCUGGUGCGGCAGGAGGUGGAGAUGUGCACCAUCCCCGGGGCGAACAUCGUGUCCGCGCCGUGUCUGGCGCACACGGUGCACAUGGACAGCCUGCCAGGCCUGACGGCGGAGGAGACGGCCGCGUACGAAAGCGGUGCGACGCGGGCGGCGGAGCAGCAGCAGCAGCAAAAGGAGGGGGCUGCGGACGAGAACCCGAUCGAGCGCUCCUGGGUGCCCGCCGGCGUGGCGCAAACCGGCUACGAAGCUGCCUUCUCGCUGAACAUCACCCGCAGCUCGACGGUGCAUUACCUCACCUUCUACCUCGAUGCCGCCUUCACGAGCAAGACGAACCCCGGCGCGAACUUCGUCCUGGCGGUGCGGCCUGGCGGGGAGAACAAUUGGACAGAGGUCAGCGUCGGUCUGCGGGAGCCGCUGCCCGUGAACGCGGGCGAGAAGAUCACCGGCACGCUGCGCGUCCGCACGCCGAAUGAGAAGGGAGGUAAGGUGACGGUGGUGGAGGUGACGGCGCAGACGGAGGGGCAGGUGGCGGCAAUCGAGACAACGGGCACCUACUACUACCAAUCCUACUAG